CACAUGUAAAGUGAGUGCGAGUGGAUACUUUCAACAUAAGAAAUGUAUUCUUUCAGACACCGACCGACAGUCUAAAACUUGGACAUAGAAAAUCACAACAAGUAAAUAAUGUGGGGAAAACUCUUUAUUCGUAAUUAAAAUGUUGAGCUAAAAAAUACGCGCGACUCAUAAUAGUAGUGACUGAAAUCAGAUAAUCUGAGAAAAGAAUGGACAGGUGAUCAACAAGAUGAUUGAAAAUUUAUUGAGAAAAUUCAGUACGUAUGUUAUCAUUGUGUGUUUUUGGUCUGGGAUUUAUAUAGCUGUAUAUCAAAACAUCCAUUUUAAAACAUUGAAGAGAUUUUCUACGAGUUUUACUAAUCCUGAACGACCCACCAAUGCCGCUAAAUGGGUGAUGAUCUUCUCUGAGACAGAAGAAAAACUUCUCGAUACAAUCUUUCUACACGACACCGAUUGGACGCUCUUCUACAUCUUCUACCAAACCGGAAAAAUCACCAUAACAAUAGGAAAGGAUGAAGUCACUGAUACAUCCAAGUUGCUUAACUUUGGGUUUGAGACAGGUAACUUUGAACUUGACCAGGAUAAUUGGAGGUUUCUUUGCUGCCUUUAUGCUAUUGCUAACGGUGCUGAACAGAUCUACGAAUUGGACUCUGACCUCAAUGUAACUAAUGCAUCGUUUCUAGAAAGUAACGAAUUGACUGGAACUGCUUAUUAUGGUAGUGAAUAUUUUGACGUCGAGGGAUAUUUUGUUCAAGGAGAGACCACGGCUGAUCUGCCAAAUUCCGGCUCGGCAUAUCGUGUAGGACCUAUUCGUCCUUUAAUAAAACAAGGUUUAGUUUGUGGUUUUCGAUCGAAGGCUUCAAAACCCAAGACAGACAACAAUAACGCCCCACCAAUAUUCUUAUUCCCUGGUGUAUUUUCGAGUUAUUCUGUUAAAAAUACUGUGUAUAGAUAUGAAGCCUUGUGGGCACUCUUCUCGCCAAAAACUAACCCGUCCAGUCUCAGGGAAGUUUGCAGAAAUCUCAUCAACCAGAGACUCGUGUGGGAAAUUGGAGGAACAGUUGGGUUCUAUCCACCCAACGCCAUUAAUAAAUCCCAAUCUGCAGCUGAUACUGAAGGCUCCAAGGGCCACAGAGCAGCCGAUUUACUGAUUGAAUUUUUGUUAAAAUGGAGAUGUGACCCAUUUAAUUCAUUUUUUAAAUGCAUGUUUCAAUUAAUAUCGGAUUUGGUUACUGAAACAGGUUUCUUGCAACCCAAAAACAUUCACAUAAUGGCGGUUUGGAUUAGAGAUUUAUCGUCAAUUGGGUAUGCAGAGCCAGUACGUGUGGAAUGGAAGUUCAUCACAUAUUCUACACUACCCACGGUGUCAAAGACGUCCUACACCGAAAAGACUAAGGUGAGCAAAGCCGUGGCGAUAAGAUCAAAUCAUCAAGUGAAGAUUAAAUCAACAAAACAACUCGAGAAAAAGGUCAAGUUGAGCAAAGCGGUGGCGAUCAGAUCAAAGAAGAUUAAAUCCACAAAACAACUCGGGAAAAAGACUGAGGUGAGCAAAGCGGUGGAGACCAGAUCACAUCAUCAAGUGAAGUUUAAAUCCACAAAACAACCCGGGAAAAAGAUGAAUCAUGGUUUAUCGCAGGAACUAAAGAAGUUGCCCAUGAAUAGGAAUCUUACCAGUGUGGUGAAGAAGUCACAACGUAGAGCAUUAACGAAAAUACAAAAGUUGGCAGGAACGAAUAGCAAACUAUUACCCUCAAUCGUGACUAAACGGCCAGUUAAAAUCAGCCCCAAACUAGUACCCACAUCAUUGAGUAUAUCGAAGAAGUCAUCAAUCAAAAGCAAAUCGCCCGUAUUAAAGCAUUAUCGAAAAAAAGCGAGCACGAAGCAGUUUCCAAAAGCAUUAAAAAAUCCACCGUCUCUUCCAAAACACACAAGACUCGCCUCGUCUGGACGAGUUCCUGAACAUAAAUUAAAGACUCUUCCUACAAUGAAAACACGAUCUUCCUUACUUCGUCUGAAUAUAUCAAAGAUUCCGGUGAAGGCACUGUUCCUGAACAAGAUUAAUGUCGUAUCGAAGACAAAUUCAAUCAAAAGAAAACCACCGUUAAAGACGUUACAGAAGAAGCCGUCAUCGUCAGCUCCAAAGACAUACUCCUAUUCAGAAAAAUUGAAAACAAUGUCUAAGAUUUGUCCUUCCAUAGAAUCAAAGAUGAAGUCGACAAAAUUGACCUUAUCCUCGAGAGUGGAAAAUAUUCUGUUAUUAAUAAUAUUUAACCGUCCGCAUUAUGAAAACAUUCCAUCGCUCCAUAAAACAUACAGUCAUUCAUUCACCAAAAUAGUGUAUUGUGGUUCCAGUCUUAAAGACUUCAAUUUAAAAUCCGCUAAGUUUGGAUUUGGUGUCACGUUUAUCGAGGUAGAAAUGUUAACGGGUAUUUAUUUCUAUCGCUGUCUCGCCAAAGUGAUGAGAAUGAACUACAGCGUUGAUGGAUAUCUUUACAUAGGCGAUGACGUCUUAAUCAACCCAUGGCGAAUCAAACAUCUGCCCAUUAACAAAAUUUGGUUACCCACAGGAGGCACGACACGGAUGGGUUGGGAGACGAUGAAAUGGAUGCAUUGGUCGCUACCUUAUGGACGACAAGCGAUGUUACGUGUAUUGGAAGAACUAAAAAAAAACCACACAGAACGGUAUAAAACGUUUACCCGGAAUCUGGCGCAUAACAGUAAGUUCCCGGAUGGUAUUUUGUACGGAGGCUCGGAUAUCGCGUAUGUCCCUGCAAGUCUAAAGACUGACGCGAUCUUUUAUUUAGAACUGUUUUCCAAACAUAAAGUUUAUCUGGAAAUCACCGUCCACAGUGUACUUGGCGGUAUUUUACCUCUAGAAAACAUCUUCAACCUACCAGGGGCUUAUAUAUGGAAGACUCAUUUGAAGUCACACUAUGCUUCUUUUUACAAACCCACGCUUUUUUUCCUACAUCCGUUUAAAUUUGGACUAGAAUUAAAAUCAAAAUCCGGACUAGAUUUUUUCUGUACACGAUUUGUACCAUUUUUGCUAUCUGAUAAAGUUUAAGGGGCGCA